CCCCGCCUGAUCCUCGCCAAUUGGUCGUCCGGUCGCACUUCCUGCCGUCACAGCUAAUCCCUGUUUGCGCUUCGCGCUCGUAAAUGAGUCCCGACGCCGAACGCUAUCGCUCGCUAUGACGUCACCGAUGAUAACUGCAAAGGACGCGCGUCCCAUGGAACAGAGGAAGCGCCGCGUCGCUGAUACCGAGGCAAUAAGAUGUUCCCUGGUGGUAAGGACGCGCCAUUCCGUCCGCGCGUAGCCAGUGUAGCAGACCCGGUGCUCGACGCCCAUGGGGGCCAAGCAGUCGUACGUCGUGACGCGAGUCCCCGCCCCCGAGGCCGACCCCGUGGUCAGUGAGGACCUCGGCGCGAAGCUUGAGUCCAAGCCCGCUCCGGGCCUCGAUUUAAAGUCCGAACUCAAGCACUCUCCCGAUCUCGGCCCAAAGUCCGAUCUCAAGCACUCUCCCGACCUCGGCCAGAAGGUUGACCCGAGGCAGUCUCCCGACCUCGGCCCGAAGUCCGACCUCAAGCACUCUCCUGGCCUCGACCGGAAGCCCCAUCCCGACUCUUCCCGCGACCCCAGCCCCUCUCUCGGCCCCGGCUCGCAAACCGCCUCCACGGCGCCCUCCUCAAAGCCCUCCUCGAAGCCCUCGUCAAGGCCUUCCUCAAGGCACUCGUCGAGGCCAUCCUCAAGGUCAUCCUCAAGGUCAUCCUCCCCUGCUGCAGGCAUGUCGUCCGCCGACCCCGGCCGCCGCUCCCCCAGCAGCUCGCCAGACCGGCCGGGCAGCAGGGCAAGCCACGUGAGCAGGGCCUCCACCAGCAGCGCCGGCACGCAGCGGCUGUGCAAGUCGAAAUCGCGGAGCCUCUCGGACGGCGAGUCCUGCUUCGGCGAGGACUUCGCCCAGGAGUGCCUGCGCGUGCACAACGAGUACCGGGCGCGGCACGGCGUGCACCCACUCAAACUCAGCAAAAAGCUGAGUAGGUACAGCGAGGACUGGGCCAAGCGGCUGGCCGCCAGGGGCGUCAUCGAGCACCGCAACGAGUCGGACUACGGCGAGAACAUCUUCUGCUCGUGGUCCUCCAACGCGGCGCACACGGUGGCGGGCGACGAGCCGGUGCACCACUGGUACAACGAGAUCAAGGACCACAAGUUCGGCAAGGAGCCCACCUCCCUCAAGACGGGCCACUUCACGCAGGUCGUGUGGAAGGACUCGCGCGAGCUUGGCGUGGCUGUGGCGCGCAGCCGGACGGGGCAGGUGUUCGUCGUGGCCAACUACUCGCCGCCCGGCAACUUCGUGGGCUGCUUCGCGGAGAACGUGCCACCAGUGGGCGGCUUCCCGCCGACGCCGGGCGCCGCGCUGUCCCCGGUGCGCGAGGGCGUGGAGGCGGGCGGCACCGAGGACCUGGCGCAGGAGGGCCUGCGCCUGCACAACGAGUACCGGCGGCAGCACGGCGUGGCGGCGCUGCGGCUCAGCCCGCGCCUCUGCGAGUACGCGCGCGACUGGGCGCGCACCCUGGCCAGGGAGGACCGGUUCGCGCACCGCCCCGACGGCCGCUACGGCGAGAACAUCUUCUGCGCCUGGUCGCCCGACAGCGGCACCGGGGCGCCCGGCUCCUCGUCCAGGGUGGGCGCCAAGGAGGCCUGCGACACGUGGUACAAGGAGAUCAAGGAGCACCCCUUCGGCCAGGAGCCCCGCCUGCUCAAGUCAGGCCACUUCUCCCAGAUGAUCUGGAAGGAGAGCAAGGAGCUGGGCAUGGGCUUCGCGCGGAGCAAGAACGGGCGCACCAUCAUCGUGGCCAACUACCACCCCCGCGGCAACUACAUCGGCCAGUUCGCGGACAACGUGCCAAGACCGACGUCGGGACCAUUUGCAUCGUGAAGCCGCAGUCGCGCACGCCGCAGCCCAAGAACACGACACGCUCACCGUGACGUCAAUAUGACUACUUUAAGUCAAAAUUUCGACAGAUUAACGCGUCAUUUCUUCGUGAGUGUUUCGGGUUCUGUGGGAGGUGUUGCAAGCGUACCGCACGCAGCAACCCCAACCCUGUACAGUACGACGAGUAUCUCGAAGACGAAAAGCCAAAGUUGUUUUGUUGAGCGAUCGAGCCUCAACUUACCUCACAUACGCCUGUUAUAUUUUUUUUCUCGGCCAUUUGUCGAACCAGAAGGGUGGUUCGGGGACUUCGUUACUGUGGCCCGUCUUUUUAGGGUGUGCAUCCCUCGUGUGCAUCCGUGACCGGUGGCCACAAGUGUGGGGUGGGGAGCCGAGGGCGGGAACUCUUUUGCAUCGUAGAGGUAAAGACGAAUGUUUGAUCCCUCUAGACACUUGAGUUAGAAGGGCCUGUACUGAACUUUGUUGCCCCCCCCCCUCCCGAACUCGAACGCGUCGGCGCCCCUGUACUGUAAAUCAGCUGCCUCAGCCGGUAUUAUUUUUUUGCAGAGUUCUCAAAAACACCCGACAUAGAACUUGUUAAUUUUGAGUAAGUCUAUUUCUGCUUGGGCUUGAACGAAUUUAGCUAUGGAUUUCAUUAUUUCAUCAGCAGCAGCAGCUCAGACACAUGAAUCAGAAAUUCUUAGAACUCGAAAAGGAGAUGUCACUGUGAUUGACUUAUAUUCCAAGUGAAUAAUUAGAUUUUUUUUCUCUAGCAUUCCAAAGCAUUCCAGCAAGCCAAAGAGUUGUUUAGUCAACAAGACGUAAUAACUUUAAUUAGAAAACAACUAACACGGUGUAUCACUAACUAUGUACAAUUUGUAUUGUCCUAGAAUUUCCAUUAAAAAAUCAAUGUUA